UCACACCCAUCCCACAUUAUGCAUAUGUGAGUAGCAAAGUGGGAAAGCUCACUCUUACUCCAAAGUAGGGGAGAAUCUGUAAAGCUCAGGAGGGAUAGCGCCAUCAUCAACUUAAUUAAUUAGUAGUGAAGAAGCUAAGGGUGCAUGGCGUAUCUAUCCUGAGUUUCACGGCUUCUUCUUACUAUAUAUCUCCGCUGCAUAUACUUCCAUUCUUCCACCGACCACCGAUCGAUUACCUUUUUCACCAUGAGACUGAAAGUUGAUGAGUUCUGUUUCCACAAGGACCGACGCAUGCUUGAGAAGUUUGAAAUCCCAUAUCUUUCUUCCUUUUUUCCCAUUUCCUUUUAUCCUUUUUGAAACCCAAUAUCUUUCUUCUUCUUUCUUUAUCUCUUUAAUGAGAUUGUCUAGAUAAAGAAGGCCUAGCUCCAUGGAUCUGUCUGUUGAGAUAUGCCUUGAUUUAUUGAAGUUAGUGUUUGUCUUGAAUAAGCAAAUUGUUGACAC